AUGGCCGCCCUUCGACGGUCAGCCACGAUUCCAAGCGUCCACAGUAACUGGACAGAUAGUACUCCGCCAGCGGCAACGAUUUCGCUGCAUUUCGUGGCAAAGCCGGCCAUGAAACGGAUGUACAAACAACAAGCCAGGAGCUUUAUCGAGCAGCAGCGCGAUUCACCCUUGGUAGCUGGAGGAGAUGUUUUAGAGGUGUUGAUGAGCUACCUUCGGUACAAGUACGUUUCUACGGGUACUAAGGGUCUGGUGCUCUCCGAACUGCAUCGAAGAUAUGACGCUGGCCAUGAGGGCGAUGCAGACAUCAUCAUCCAGAGUUUCGACUUCAACGAGCUCCACGCGCUGAUUCAGAGCGCAAAUGCGAAACCAGACCUGGCCCCGCUUCUUGUUACGUUCUUGAAGAGGCUUUCCUCAAACGAAACCAUGCAUAAUACCCUUGUUUCUCUCCUCGAUAUGGAGGACUGCGCGGUGGUCUUGAAGGUGUUUUCAGAGAGCGCAGUCUGGCCACAGCUGUCUGUUCAAGUUACCGAUGUGGUGCGACGAGUCCGUCAAAUGAAUCACCUCCAUUCACCGAACAAAAAAACAAGCAUGGAAGCUACCCGCGUCUUUUCACGUCUGCUCUCCGACUCCGAGUGGGCGAAGCUGGUUCUGGCCGAGAUACCUUGCCAUGAUUUUCUCGUGCUACUGAGGCAGCCAAGAUCGAGCUCAGAUCUUCUACAGCAGGAUAUAUGGCUCUUGCAGCUACUCAGUGACCAACCCUCACAUGCGAUGACUUUGAUUGAAGGCGGAGUGUUUAACCUUAUUACUGAGUGGAUAAGGUCAGGCGGGGAACCAGCCAUUGUUUACACGGCAUCGCAUCUCCUGGAAUGCAUUCUGCUUCACGAAACAACGAUUCCAGCUGCAAUUCAUGCUGGCCUUUGCUGGCAGCUUGUUCGCGUGCUGCAUCUCACCGACUUCUCCCGCGAGGAUUCAUACAUCGAUCAAGGUGCAAGCAGCAAACGUCCGGUGAAAGGAAUGAGGGCGGCUGUGGUUCGUUGCCUACAUCGGCUUAGCCACGACCCCCGCGCUGCCCAUAUUCUUUGUAACGCGUUUCAAAUGUUUCCUGGGAGUCGCUGGCUCGACGCCGACCUACGGGAUCCAAAUUACUGCGAGGCAGCGGCCAUGGCACGAUCCGAUCCGUGUGAAUUGCUCGAAAAGCUUACGCUUGCCGGCCGAAAUCGGCCUGACAUCGACCUGUAUGACGUUGGUGGUCUUCCGUUCUUGUUCAUUUCCCUGAGCAACAUGUUUACUCGUGUAUCUGCCAUACGGACCCUAGCGAUGAUAUCUUUCGACAGUGUCACCCUAUCCGAGCCUAUGAAAAAGCGAGCACAUCUACUACACUCUUCCGAUGAGGAACUUCGGGACCGCACUGAUUAUCCUGACUUGCUAGGAGUGCUGGUUCAUGGAGAGCCCAAAUUUUUCGCGGCGCUGGCCGAUAAAACUAUGCAACGCGCGUUCCAGGUUGCUUCACAAAGACGCACCGAUUGCGACCACAAUGGAUGUCCGAACAUCAGGGGACAAUGGUUGAGUGGAAUGUCGGAACUGCGCAGAGCUGUCGACUCUUUAUUGACAUCAGACGAAGCACUUGAAAUUAUCACAACGCACUCUGCUUCUUUGCAAGACCCACCGAAAGGAGACUCUCCUUACCGUUUAGACCAUCUCGUCGAGGCCAUGUUAAAGCAUGCGCCAACGGAGAAUGGCACCCGAUAUGUUGCCCUUGUCAUUAUAGAUGCGCAAACCAGCUCCAAUCCUGCUCUCACUCUGGUAGAAGUCGCUGAAGCGUGGCUCAACCAUUUGAUUGUGCCGAUGUUAACGCUCCGGCUAGAGAACCCUUCGCGCUCAUCGCGUCUCAAUGACAGCGGUAGUAGCGAUGACACCCUCCCGAAACAACCUUCUUUGCAUGACCUUUUGCUACAGCGAGAAGGCUAUCGCGCGCUCAUCUCUGAUGUCUGGGACGGAGGGUAUAUGCAGCGUCUCAUGCUGUCCGGCAAACAACUACCUAACAUUAUCCGUGGUAUCCAUCCCACCAAGGCCACGCGCAUCCUUCCUAUCUCUUCCGCCUGUCCAAUCGACAGCACCGACAUGUUCUGGGCCAUGUUCCAGGCGUGGACCGAUAUGUCGCGCGAAGCUAUAUCGGAGCUCGAAACCGACUCUCCCUGCCACGCUAUGUUGCUGGGCCAAUUCGACCACUGGCUCGUCCGCGGUUUCAGAUGCUAUUUCGAGCCGGUUUCGAACGAGCCUAACACGUAUGUUGGGCGAACUUUGGCCGAUCGCAUGAUGUUUUCGACUGGCCAACGAGCCACGCAAAUCAAGUUCACGGGUAACGACCCCCCAAGCCCCGAGUUGUUCCGGAUCCAUGCAGCGUACGCGCAUGUCUUUCAUGCUUGUGGAGUCGACCAGAUAUGCUAUGCGCCGGGGUAG